GGGAGUGAUCACCAGGCUACGGAAACAGUCAUUGGCUGGUACGAGAGCCACUCUUGCUUUGUCCCGCCCCCUGCCGCUCCUCCUCUUCGCAAAGCUUCGGGCUGCUCUCUCAUUCUGCGCCUUGAGAGAGAGAAGGAGUGGGCGCGGCUGUCCCGAGCGCUGUUGCCUUCGUUUCCAUGUCUUCGGACUGGUUCAAGCGGCGUUUCUUGAGCAGCGCAAGCGCGGCAAGGCGAGGCUCAGGCUCCCCUCAGCAGCCCCGGCUCCCGGGCGGAGAAGGGGUGGAAGAGCCGCCCCAACAACAACAGCAACCACCGCCCCCUCAGCGGCCCAGGCGGCCCAAGUUCCUGCGCGGCGAGGAGAAGAGGGUGGUGGGCGAGCGGCCCAUCCACUGCCCGCCCAGAGACAGGCCCCUCCAGUGGAGGACCGGAUACGCCGAAACUAUCAAUGCAGAAAAAUCACAAUUCAAUGAAGACCAAGCAACGUGCUGUCAGAUAUCCAUCAGGAAAAGGAAAUAUGGCAAAGAGGAAGAUCAGGAAUGGUUGAUCCUAUGCUCCACUGAGUAUCUGACUGGCUAUUACUGGGCACUGUUUGAUGGUCAUGGCGGUCCAGAAGCAUCAAUGAUGGCCUCCAACUAUCUGCACUAUUGCAUCAAACAGAAACUAGAAGACGUGGUAGAGGGCAUUACUGAAGACAGGCCUCCAAUGCAUCUCAAUGGGCAAUGUAUUUGUCAAAGUGACCCACAGUUUGUGGAAGAAAAGCAAAUUCGUCAGGAAGAUGUGGUCAUUGGAGCUCUGGAGAAUGCCUUCCAGGAAUGUGAUGAAGUGAUUGGUCAGGAGAUGGAAAUUACCAAUCAGUCAGGAGGAUGCACAGCACUAGCUGUACUUUAUCUGCAGGGGAAGCUCUAUGUAGCAAAUGCCGGUGACAGUAGAGCACUCCUUGUUCGAAAAGAAAACUUUGUUCCUCUGAGUACUGAAUUCACCCCUGAGACAGAGAGGCAGAGAAUACAGUAUUUGGCUUUUAUCUACCCAAAGCUCCUAGCUGAUGAGUUUACAAGAUAUGAGUUUCCAAGAAGAUUGAAAGGAGAUGACGUGGGCCAGAAGGUUUUAUAUAGGGAUUACUGCAUGGAAGGCUGGGGAUACAGAACGGUGGUAAAAGAUGACCUUAAGUACCCUCUGAUCCAUGGACAUGGAAAACAGGCUCGCUUGCUAGGCACCCUAGCUGUGUCCCGAGGCCUGGGAGAUCAUCAGUUGAAAGUUCUUGAAACAGAUGUCGAAGUCAAGCCUUUCCUCUCUUGCAUUCCCAAGGUAGAAGUAUUUGAUUUGACUACACAGAAUAUUGAGGAAGAUGACGUCCUUAUCAUGGCAACUGAUGGUCUUUGGGAUGUUAUGUCAAAUGAAGAUGUGGCACAGAUUGUCAGGAAUUUUCUCCAGGACAAUACAACUGAUCCAUACAGAUUUGUAGAACUGGCCAAGAGCCUGAUACAGAAAGCCAGGGGGAAGAAGGAUGGAUACUACUGGACUAUGGACAGUAACAUGCCUUCUUCCUAUGAUGAUAUUACUGUGUUUGCUAUCCCACUGUACAAUAAGGAUGAGCCUUAAAUAUUACUACUGACUAAUGGACCUGCAUUUUGAAUAAGGAGACCAUAUCCAGACCUACAAAUGCUGCUGAAGUAAAUUAUCUUCAUCCUUUGAAAACAACACCAGUGGAAUUCACUCAUGCAACUUCUCCUGCAAUUACUCUUGAGAUAGUUUGGAUAUUCCUAUGCCUUAUAACGGAAAGUACUACAGUAGAAUAGCACAGCUCUCUCCCUUACAUGAGCAUUCUUAUGUUUGCAAUUUUUUAUGAUUCUGUAAGUUGCAGGAAAGAAAUUUUCAUGUUACGAAAAUGAAAUUUCUGGAAUUACCCUUUUUCAGUAUUAAGAAAAUAGCAUGCUGCCACUACUGUGAAAUUAUGUGGUUUUAAUCAAGUUAAGAGAAAGACUUUAAUAGUAACAAAACUACACAUUUCAUUUCAGAACAAUGUACAGAUGUCUGACUUUAAAAGAAGCUUGUAGAUUGUUGGAGCAACAGAAGGCAAUGUAUAUAGUAUUUUAUCAAACAUGGCAAGAGACACAUGGUACUUAAUAUGAUGUGCAGUGAUAUUUAUACUUUUUGAAUUUAUUUUCAUUGCAUAUAUUAACAUAUAUUAACAUGUACAGUUGCACAUUAAGUUGUGGAUUAAACUUGUUUAAUUUAUAAUACAAAUAUUAAGGUUAUUAUGAGGAAUUGGGAUGAUGAAGACAUAGUAGUUUUAGACUGAUUCUCUCUUGGUUAUUAAAACGAAGAGAGUAAUCACAAAUCAGUAGACUUAAGACGUGGAAAUACUGUUGCGAAGCAACUAGGUUCAAAUCAUCAAGUGUGAAGAUACAAUACUUAGCAACAAAAUCUGGCUCAUCUUAACUUUGGAUACAGUGAAACCUCGACUUACGAAGUGCACCAACUUACGAGUUUUCUGAGAUAUGAGCCAUUGCUCCUUCAAUUUUUGGUUUUGAAAUGAGAACCGUGAUCUGAGUUACAAGCUCUCUUCACCAAGCCCUCCGGAGAGGCCUAAAAGGCUCCUGCUGCCACAACCACCUCCAUUUUGGCCAAGGCAGAACAUGAGGCAGCCAGUGUUCGUGCACACGUAAGCCCCCUUCCCUCCCAAAUUCAAGUGCAAAUUGAUUUUAAAAUCUGGCAGUAAUACCCCAAAGAAACCAACUGGCCGGGAAAGGUGUUUUAUUGGCAGGAAUCCUUGAUUGAUGGGAGAUUACAUACCACCAAACCUGAGCUUGUGCACAGCCUUGCUCUUUGCAGGCAGGAGUCCUUGAUUGACAGGGGAGAUUACAUACUCCCUCUGCUUGCACACAGCCCCACAGGCCGAUCCCAGACACAAACAGGCAACAGCAGCUCAGCAUCACCAUGCAACCUACACUGCACACAUUUGGAGCUGCUCUUGGCCUGCUAAUCACGAGUGGAGCUGGGGGGGGGGGGGAGGUAGCAUGGCGUUCCCACUUCCACCAGCAUCUUCUCCGAUCUUGAAGAUACACUUAAUUUUAAAAAAUGGUGUGGCUUUUGGGGGCUGGAAUGGGUUAAUAGUAUUUCAAUUCAUUUCAAUGGGAAAAUUUGAUUUGACAUAUGAGCAAACUGAGUUACACAAGCUUGGUCACAGAAUUACACUCUUAUGUCAAGGUAUUAAUGUAGAUGGUUUUUGCAAGUUGGAGAGUGAAGAAAACUGACAAGAGAAUCAGCCCAUUUGAAAUAGGGCUGAGAGCAAAUCCAACCUCACUAGAAAUCAAAAUAAUUUGGGUGAGGCCUAUCCUAUCUCGACUGACUCAUUGGCAUAAAAAGCAGAAGGAAAAGGAUAACCACAUACAAAUGGAUUCAUUUGUAAAGGAAGUCAGUCCAUAAUUUGCAAGAUUUGGGUUGCUAAUCUUGGGGGGUCUCCCAUUUUUCAAAGCCAACUGAACAUCAAAUAAAGGACUGAGUUAUUGAAUAAAGAUUUAUUAGCCUUCAUAAAUAUUUCCAUCAGAGCAACAUAAUGCAUUAUUCUGAAAACAAGUCUAAUCUUUAAAGUAUUGUUUCUGUUUUAGUUGUGAAUCUAUUAAAAUCAGCAGUAUUCGCCUCAUGCUCUAUUCAGACUACUACUGUUCUACAUUUGAAACUGAUCAUAAUGGCUAUGCAGGCAUCCAGUACCAUGUAAGAUUUCCAUAAUUUAGUGCUUCUAAAUAUAAGCAUUGUCCACUGUUGCAUAACUCUAGUUAGGAAAGAGGGAGCUAUUUUGAGGCAAAUUGAAAGCACCUGGGAAAGAGACAGGACUGGAAAGAACUCUGAAUAGGUGUACAGUAGAGUCUCACUUAUCCAACAUAAAUGGGCCGGCAGAACGUUGGAUAAGCGAAUAUGUUGGAUAAUAAGGAGGGAUUAAGGAAAAGCCUAUUAAACAUCAAACUAGGUUGAUUUUACAAAUUAAGCACCAAAACAUGUUAUACAACAAAUUUGACAGAAAAAGUAGUUCAAUACGCAGUAAUGCUAUGUAGUAAUUACUGUAUUUAUGAAUUUAGCACCAAAAUAUCACUAUGUAUUGAAAAUAUUGACUACAAAAAUGUGUUGGAUAAUCCAAAACAUUGGAUAAGCGAAUGUUGGAUAAGUGAGAGUCUAAUGUACUUGUGAAGUGAAAAAAUAUUGUAAAAUUUUGUUCCAAUUUACAUGUUUCUUACUGAAAAAGAUCACAAUAAAAGCUAUUGUUCUCA